AUGAGUUGCAAACGCCAUAAUCCAGUGGAGAGUAUUUGCCGAAAACUCCAAACCAUCCAAAUGUGGGACCAGGUAACAAAUCCUGCACUGAAGAUUCCAAAGUUUCGCUCCAGGAACUUUGACAGCCCCCAGGUCAGCCACAAGAAGAAUAUGGAGAGGAUUCUAAAGAACAGGACAGUGAAAAGUCAAGGAAGGAAUCAGGAGGGGACUCCUGUCGUUGCCAAUCAGGUCUUGUCCCCUAAAGUUGCGCUGAUCUCGUCGGAACAACCUGGAGCUGAAGCACGGAAUCCCACUGUCACUUCUACUUGCGUGGUUGUCAGCUCUAUGGGAGGCACAGCCUCCAAGCCUCUGAAUUGCUGCCAGACUCAGACCUGUUCGACACCGGUUACUGAGAGUGGGAGAAAUGAGAUGAUCUUGAGCCACCCGCACUCGGCCAUCAUUAACAUUGAGCACCGCUUUCUGUCCAGUGCUGACAGUAGUCCUGUCACCUCUACCAGCUUUAGCUUCUGCACUCAUUUGCACAGACCAGCCUCUCCUGUAGGAAAGGAAUUGCCAUUGGCUGGGAUGAGUGGGAACAAAGCAGCAGCAGCAAACAGGAUGGAGAAUACUGAAGAUACAAGUCUGAUUUGUGAGGAAGAUUUGCUGGACACCAUUUUCUACAGUUGUGAUGUAAAACACCAAGGGAAGGUGAGUGUUUCUAAGAUUGUGGACUACCUACGUCACACUACAAGUCGCAAUUCAGAUGACAGUGGUCUGGAAGACUUGUGUAACAUGCUGGACCCUGACGACAAGGAUGUGUCCAUUGACUUGGACACAUAUCGUGCAGUUAUGAAGGAGUGGGUGGAAGACUGUAGGAGGAAAAGUAUCCAAGAGGAAAUGGAAGCUGUGAGUGUUACUGAAGAUGUGCUACACCACAUUGGCCUUGGAUCAGGAACGAAGAGUUCAGAAGCCAACGACCGAACUGUGGAAAGCUUGGAGGCACUUGGCGGAGAGGUUUCAAGAGGAGACUUGGAGACAUCAGACUUGAUUGCUUGCAUUGCUGAUCUCCAGUACAACCACCAGAAGCUCCAGGAGCACAAUGCUAAGUUAAGGAUGACCAUUGAUGCUACAGAAGAAAGUAACAAUCGAUUGAUGGAGGAAAAUGAAGAACUGCUCAGUCAGAUAAAAAGUGCUCAACAGUCCAUCUUAACAGAGAAGUCCUUGAAAGAAGGCCUGGAGGAUAUGAAGUUACAAGUAUCUAACUUGGAAGAGACCAAAGAAAGACUAACCAUCCAGAAUAAACAGGCGGCAAAAGACAAUCAAUCCCUAAUUCAGAAGAUUGCUUCUCUUCAAGAAGAGAUGCAGUUAACUGACCUUGAAAUCCUAGCUCAGAAUAAAGAUGCUAUUUUACUCGAGAGGGAGAAUCAUAUUAAGGAGCUUAAACAUUCCAUUGUUGAAUAUUCCAUGAUUAUAGAGGGUCUACGAAAUGAGAAGAGCAAGUUAGAACAACAACUCCUCGUGCAACAGGAGCUGGCUUCAGAGUGUAUAAACACAUCAACAAUGCUGCUAGAUGGACCUGAGAUAUCCGGGGCCCCGAGUUCAUUGCAAGCAGAGCUAUUAAAUGCUUUUCAGGAGGGCGGUUCUGAAUGGUCGAGUGAUUCCGACUGUAUCCCGGCCACUUUAGAGAGGAUGCUGGAUGAAGAAGUGCUGAUGUUGCUGCAAGGAUGUGGGCCAGAGCAGGCAGCUUUACGCUUCAAAGCGAUCACCACGCAGAUGGCAACAGAAGUUUCUGAAGAGAUUGAUGCUUUAGUGACGUUGUUGAAGCAAGUGGCUGAACUUGAAAUUAACAGCAGAGAUCUGCAUGGAGCUAAGCUCGAGCACCUCCAGGAGAAAAGACAGCAGUGGCUGCAGAGCAUCCAUGCCUUGGAGGAGCAGAAGUCUGCCUCAGACCAGGAAUACGUCCGAUUGGCAAGUGCCUUUCGCCGGAGCAAAACAGAGCAGCUGCACUUCAAGAGGAAAGAAGUUGUCAGGCGACGCCAGCUCGAGGCACAGAAAGAGGCAACGGAGAGAACAGCCACAGAGACGAGUCUUCAGCUUCAGCGGGUCCGCCAACAGUUGGAAGCUCUGCACAAAGAGCUCUGCGACAAGGACGCCGCUUUAGCCUCGGUCCAAGAUACAGCAGAGAGGCUGCAAAGGGAACUAGAGGCGCGGGAGAAAGAGCACCUCUUCACUGCAAGCCGAGCUGGAUCAGGCGCCGGUGAACAACUGCGGUCAAAACCCAGCCAACAGCGAACAAUACUUCAAUCAACACAAAAGAGGCAUUCUCAGCAGGAACUGCGUGGAUUUGAGUUCCAGACGGGAAGCUGUUGCAGAGAGCAGAGGCACAGAGUUGCCCAACCUGAAGCUCCUCGCCACACACUGCCAUUUAUUCAGCAAGGGAGGAACCAUAGUUCAGUGACCACGCAUGACUGCACACCAUUACUUGAUGCCUUAAUGUUGGAGCACUUUAACCCAUUCUUACAUAUCCCGAGUUGUGUCGCAAUUGCCUCCAGUGUUUGUGCUAUUUCCAACUCAACAGAACACCAAAGACCGAUGACUUCAGCAACCGAUGAGUUCUUCAACAGCCAUUUGAGUGACAGAUGCAGGUUAAACCCAGGUGGAAGCCAACUCAAUGUGGAGCUUUCUCUUUCUGGUCUGAGCGGAGAGCUUCUGCCUCAGGCACCUGCUGAUGAAGGAGUGUGCUGCAACAAGCUGACUCCAGUCAGUGAAGACUCUGACCAACAACAAUUAAGUUCAAAUCGUGAGGUCACCUCAGAAAGUUCCACAAUGUCCAAUCCUCCUGCAAAAAAGACCAAUAAAAGCCCCCAGCAAAAGGAAGCCUCAAAAACACUUCAUAACAGUACCAAUGCAUGUGGUGUAGUUAAAGAUGGCCCGUUGGAUGGUCCACUUUCCUCAUCUGCUAUACAAAUCAACACUGAAUCCUCUGCCUCCGAUGUGAACCAGCCAGAGUUGAAAAGUAAAAUAAAAGUUAAUCUGGAAGCAACUCGAGGCACCGUGGCUGUAGAUGAACUUAGCCCAAGUGACGGGAUGCUGAACCCUAUUAACACAGCUGGCAAUGCUGAAGCAGGAACGAUGAAGACUCAGUGUCCAGAUCUGUCAAAAAAAGCCAAUUUACAGAGUGCAAUAGCCAGUGAACAGGAUGUGGAGGCUGAGUUUCUCCGCUUCUCAUUGGCCUUCAAGUGUGACAUGUUUACGCUCGACAAGCGAUUACGGCUGGAGGAGCGAUCCAGAGAUCUGGCUGAAACAAACUUGAAAAAAGAGAUUGAGAAAUGUCAGCAAGCCUUGCAGACAGUACGGCCUCUGUGCGAAGAGGAGCAGUCAUUGGAAAUUUUUGAGAGUCUUGAGAAAAGUCUUGGUGUCCUUACCCAGACCAUAACCAGGGUGGUGAGCCGUGCUGAGAUGCUCGGUGCCAUACACCAGGAAACGCGGGUUAGCAAAGCAGUAGAGGUCAUGAUCCAGUACGUUGAAAACCUGAAGCGAAUGUACGCCAAAGAACACACAGAACUGGAAGAAAUGAAGCAGCUCCUUCUACAGAAUGGAAACACUCUGAAUUCACUUAAAGAGCAUCAAGAUGAUCAGCGGAGUAAAAGGUUCCCUAACUCCCAGACGUAUGGCAGGGGCUCCUUGCGGAGAGUCAGCAUCGCCACUAUUCCAAGAAGCAACGCGGGAGUGCAGCUCGAGUUGUCAAGUUUGGGGGAGAUUGAAGAAGGCAGACGGAAGUCUGAAGGAGAUCAGGACAUAUUGCGGAACAAGUUGUCAAGAAGAGUGAGUAAUUGGAAAUUUUUAGGGCAAAAACCAAAAGAAUCUUACAAAUCCCGGCCAUCACUGCAGCAGCUUAUCAGCACCUGUACCUGGGGAGAAAAGAGCAAUCAGCUGUUGAAUAAGGGUGCUGCUUCAGAGCUGGAAGUACAUGACGAUGAAGAAAAAAGUGAGAUAAUGGAAACUCCUACCUUAACAGAGCCAGACAAUAAUCGAAUUGAUUCACAAUGUACAGUAACCAAAGGGCUAUCACCUCACCUGACUGAACUGUGGAACACCUUUACCAAAAAUAACAGGGGGCCGUGGCUGCCUGUAUUACUUCUCUUCUCACUCAGUGUUCUGGGCAGCUUCCUCAUUGGCUGGUCUUUACAUACGUCUGUUGAUGCUGCUGCUGUGGGCACUGGGGACUCUUGGAAAGCACUUCAACAGUUUCUCUGGCCUUACACAGGACUUCAGCACAAUGGUCAGCCCCCAGUAUAA